CACGAAUAUGCUAAUGAGUAUCUUGGACUUGUCAGUUUCGCGUGCAGCGACAACCAUGUGAAUAUGCUGAUAAAAGAUGGAUUGGAACAGAUAUAAUUUCUCAAGCAGGCAGUUGGGCCAAAUCGACAGUAUAUAGACUAAUUAUGAAACACAUGAAUUAGACAUUGUGCUGGAAGUGAUCACAAGACAGCAUGGAGAAGCAUUACUCUGUUAAAUUCUUUUCAUCCUUCCUGGAAAGUCUGCAGAAUUUGUGCCAAGAACACUUGACCUUUGAUCAGAUUGUGGAAGUCAGUGGCUAUGUGUGUGUGGAGAUUGACAAUGCCAAGAAGGAGCGUUAUGUUCUCAGUGAGCUCCUGCAACACUGUGGCAAUGUCAUCAGUGAAAGCUACUGCACAAAAGCUUACAAGAACUUGCCCUUAUCUUCUAGAGGAAAGGAAAAGUUCAGCUCGUCCCAAAAGACUAAGCUAGAUGUAGUAGAAGACAAGGAGGACAGGACUCGAUGUGAACCAACGAGAGACUCGGAUGAUGAAGUUAUUAUAGCUCUAGAUGCCCCACCGCAGCCAAAGAGACGUAAGUCACAAUCAACCACUAUACCAAAAUCAGCCAGGUCCUCUAUUGCUGCUUCUAAUACAGGAAUAAGUCAAGGUAAGAAUAUGAAUAAAAAGGAAGAUUCGGCCAAGAAGUGCAUUCUUGGGAGGGUUGCAACUUUGACAGAAGACUACACACAAAGAGACUCCUGUGGUAUAGGGAUCGAGUCAAGAAGCAGCUCAUUUCUGGAGUCUGCAGCCAAAUUACAUUCAUCCAGCACACCUCUGUCUCCUGACAAGGAGAUGUUCCGUAAUUUUGUAAGCAAUGUAGUAGAGUCGCUUGGUUCCCCCUCCAAGAGUCUGCCGUCUGGUAGUUCAAACGAGAACAGCUAUGGUGGGGAUGACACCCAGGACUCAUUUACAGAUCUUCCUCUUGUGCCAAAGAAGAUGUCAAAAUCUUCCUCCAUGAAGUCUUCGUCUGUUGAGGCAGGGCAGCCUGUUGUAGAUAUUACAUCAAAUCUUGCCUCAGCCUUAUCUCCAGCCACCCUGGAGCCAUCACUGAAACUAACAGGCCUCUUCACAAAGUCAAAGACAUCUCCAAAGACGUCUUUUAAGAAAUCUCCAAAGACAUCCUGUGAUUCUUCACCUACAUCCCUGGAACAGCCAGAGAGGAUGAACUUCUCAAGCCUGCGUCAUCUUAUUUCAAAAUCGAAUGAGGAUCAGGCGAGACUGCAACACCGUACAGCAGGGACGGAGACAGACAUCCCCCCAGGUGAACCCUACAUCGAGCUGCUGGAUGAAGCCAAGGAAGACGAGGGGGAAAGUGAUGGGGCGGCGGGUCUACAGACUGACCAUGGCAACACAGGAAUCCAGCACUCUACAGGCAGUGACCACACUGACCCCUCCUACUCAGGUGUUGAAGUGCCCUGCACCGUUUCCUCCUCCCUGAUGCUGGAGGUAGGCAGCAGCUCUGCUGCUACAUCAGUCGAGGAUGUGGACUCAGCUCUCUCCCAACUCUCUGACGACACAGACAAUCAGGAAGACAACAUGGAUGACAACGUGGACAGUCCAAUCAUCAUCGACCUGGAUUCCGAGGACGAGGAGGACUCGGUGCUUGGUGAUGACGCUGACCCUUUCUCCAGUACAGAGAUACGGAAGCUGGACUCCUUCAAAGAUUAUGUCCGAUUUGCAGUCAAACGAUUUCAGAGUUUCAUCAAGGAGAAGGGUGUCAAUGAUCCCAUGUUUAGAAUCCCUCCUGACAAGUUAGAUCCUCUCCUCGCUGAAUUCUAUGUUACUGUUCGGAAUCUUCGAGGACAAGAGUUUGGAAUAAGCACACUGAAGAGUAUCCAGUCGUAUCUAGAACUAUAUUUGAGGGAAAACGGCUAUCCUGUGUCCAUCACACGUGAUACAGAGUUCCUAAACUGUCGUACACUGCUGCAGACUAAGAUACAACAACUGCGUCAGCUUCAAAAUGACCUCAUGCCUAACCACGGUAAGACCGUCAGUCCACUGACAAGACGAGAUGUUGAGAAGUUGUUCCGGACGGGGCAGUUAGGCAGUGGUUCCGCUGAGUCACUGACCAAUUCAGUUUGGUUUAUGAACUCAGUAAUGUUCAAAAUGAACCAGAACAGUUCUCAUGCCUCUCUCAAGUGGGGAGAUAUUGUCAUAAAAGUGGAUGAAUAUAAGAAUGAGUAUUUACAACUAGUCUCGACAAACAGCUCCAGUUGGGAAGGUGUGAAUGACAAGGUGUAUCCCAAUAAUGCAAAUCCUGAUCGUUGCUUUGUUUCGUUGUUUAUGAAGUACCAAAGAAUGCGACCACCAUCUAUGUUGGCAAAGAAAUCUCCAUUCUAUUUGACAGUAGACAAAGAAAUUAACUGCCUAACAACAGAAAAGAUGAGUUUCCAGACUGUUAGUGAUAUUUUGAGAUCCAUGCUCGUCCGAGCUUUCAUAAAGUCGGACAAGAAGAUAGUGAUCUAUGACAUCAUAUGAUAAAGAUAUAUCCGAGCUAUUAUCAUGAUAAAAUAGUCAUCAGAUAUGAAAUGGCAAUCAUAUGUGUAUUGGCAUCUAUUUAAUAACAUCAACAUAUCCAUUCUGUGCAGUUAUAUUCAUUUAGUCUGAACAGUUACUAUGGCAACAGUGAUUUCAAUUUGUACUUAAACUGUGUUUUGUAUUGUCACCUACCAAGAAGUGCAGCUGAAGUCAGAAUCAU